AUGGAUGUGACAGUUUCCUGGUUCAAGGAAGUUGGCUCCCUUCCAAGGGGAAGAUACUCCAUCAUCAAAGGAUCUCUACACAUCAAGAAUGCUACAGUGGGUGACAAUGGGAUGUAUGUUUGCACAAUUCAUACUGACCAGGGGACCGCUCAGGCUUCUGUUACACUCAACGUGAAAGCUCGUCCACUCAUUUCUCUUCCUACUGGACCGAUCUACAGCGAGAGUGGAAAGGAAGUCAAACUCCCUCUAUGCCAGGUCAUAGGAUAUCCCCCUCCCGUGGUUUCAUGGACAAAACUAUUUGGUGAUCUACCUGGUGGAAGGGCCACUGUACAUGGCCACACUCUGACCAUCGCAAAGGCAGACAAGAAAGAUUCAGGAACCUACAUCUGCACAGCUUCGAACGCCAUUGGUACAACACACUCCAUGACAUCUCUGAUAGUCAAUGUAGUGCCUCAGUUUACUGUCAAGCCACCAGAGAAGAUUGAGCUUUACCAUGGACAGUCAGUGACACUCAACUGCUCUGCAGAGGGGCAUCCGGAACCAAGCAUCACCUGGACAAGGUGUAAGUUAGACAUAGCCGCAGACCGGUCUGAAAUUGAAGGAGGACAACUAAAGAUAAACAGUUUAACGGCAAAGGACAGUGGGACAUACAUCUGCUCAGCACAAAGCGAGUUUGUUCACGUGGAGACUGAGACGCAACUGAUUGUAAAAACAGCCCGAGAUUGCACAGAGCUCCUUGCUGCCGGCUUCAAGGAUAGUGGAGUGUACACACUCAACCCAGCAAACAAAACCAGUUUUGAAGUGUACUGUGACAUGACGACGGAUGGUGGUGGAUGGACCGUCUUUCACAAACGCUUUGAUGGGUUCGUUGGAUUCUACAGGGACUGGGACGAGUACAAGAACGGGUUUGGUGACGUCAGAGGGGAGUUUUGGCUUGGAAACGAAAAGAUUUAUCAACUGACCGAGAUCCCGAGUCAGUUGCGAGUGGAAAUCAACACCACAUCGGCUGGAAAUAGAUACGCAAAAUAUAGCAAUUUUACGGUGACAAAUGAGGCAACCAACUAUACCUUGUUUGUCGGAUUCUAUUCUGGUAACGCUUACGAUAAUUUUUCUAAUCAUAACGGUAUGGCUUUUUCUACCCAGGAUAGGGACAAUGACAAGAACGGUGGGAACUGCGCUAAGGCUUACAAAGGAGCAUGGUGGUUUAAAUCCUGUCUUUCUUCCAGCCUGAACAGUAACUUUGGAGAUAGCAGCUAUUCUUGGUACUGGAAUCCACUCAUUGGAAGCCAGAUGAAACUCAAACCAAAAUCUCCUUGA